ACAAGCAAACGGAGAUGUUGGAUGACUAACGUUAUUUUUACAUGCUUUUUUAACAGAGUUUGGUUACUAGAAACAACUCGGGUUCAGGUUGUGUUUCCGUUAAUGUUAGGUCGUUUUUCUUUUUAGCAAACAGAGACCGACGUUAGAAAGUAAACUUGGACGCGUUUAUAACGUUUAUAACUGACUCUUUUAGCUAGCUAAAGUUUAACGUUACCACCUGGCAGCAAAAUCAUUUCGUGAGGCAACAAUUCAAAUUUACCGACAAUGUUUAAAGUAGCGUUAAGACGUUAAUGCAAAAGGUUCCUUGUCAUUUUGGAAAUGGAUUUAAGCAAAGUUGUGCACAGAAGAAAACCGGACAUUCCUGUAAGGUUAUUCAGACCAAGAGCACCGGAUAAGAACCAGCAUAUUCAAGAGUUUAGUGUUAAAAGUCUUGAACUCAUCAAGGUGAUUCGUCUUCUUGAAGAUCCUUUGACAGCUAACUUGAAGGAGAGGCACCUUUUUGUACUGAAGAAACUACUGAAGAGGAACCAAAUUGGCUUUCUUUUGAAGGACCUCACAGGCAUCACCAAAAUACUCAACAUCUGUGCUGAGAAAGUGACGGAUCACCCUGAAUAUGUGCCAGUUUUGUGUGAGGCAAUUCAAAUUUGUAGGCUUCCCUUCCUAAAGGAGAAAGCAUCUGAUGAGCUGAACUACGCCCAGGACGUCAUAGAGUUCCUCUCUGACAUGGGCUGUCUGAUGAGGGUGCCAGAUGCUGAAGUGAGGCAGCACAUAGUUGAGUCUGUGAAAUCAUUCUACAGCUGUGUGGCUCCUAAACAGCUGCUUGACGGUACGGACCGUCUCUCCAAGCCAAAGCCUCGGACUUUCCACUCUGACAACCGAUUUUCUAGACUUUCACCGAGGCUUCAGCCAACCUCUCCAGGCUACAGGCUGCAGCUGCUGGAGCGCAGUGACCUGGCUCAGACGUUGCUCCUCUCCAUGGCCGCUCUGGAUAACCAGCCCGCCAUCAAGCUGCAGCUCCUGCAGACACUUCAGAUCCUCUCCAGCUCCUCUGAUAUGAACUGUGCGCUAAUACUGAAUGCACGAGGAGCAGAGAUGAUCUGUCUCCACAUGAACGAACCCGACCCGUCCGGUCAGGUCCUGUUCCGCUCCACCGAAAUCCUCUGGAACCUGCUGGAGAGAGGCAGCGAGGAGGUCACUGCUCAGCUCAGCAGCAUGGAGUGUGUCAUGUCACUGAAAGAAGCGUUUUUUCACCAGCUGAUGAGCGGUUUCCGACAAUCUGACCUCCAACUCAGAAAUGAUCUGCUUGUGAUCACAACUCUCAUCGGGGAAAAUCCAAACUCUCUGCUUAUUGAGAGUUCAUUUGCCAAACAGCUCGUGGUUUUGGUCACAUUUCCAGAGAUGAAAAGUCACAACCCUUUGGUCCACAACCUCAAGCUCACCUACAAUAACGAAGACUUGAAAAUGAAGAAGUUGCUUUUGAAUCUGUUGGUUUUAAUGUCAAAGGACUUAGCUGCCCUGCAGCUGUAUAAAGAGGAAAGUGUUAUGCUUGUUCUGCUGACGCUUGCAAAGCCGCCUGCUGCCUCGUCUGAGCCUCGGUCAGCUUCACGUCAGUGGUCUUCCGUCCAGCAGGAGGAGCUCCAGCUGCAGGCGCUGGCAGCCCUCUCCACCCUCGCUCCACUCAUGUUGGAUGACUACAUGUCCUGUCAGGGAAACGCGUGUCUGCUGCUCAUUCUGGACUGGUGCGUUGCUCAAGAUGCUCUCUUUGGUCAGGGUGACAUGGGAGAAAGAGGCAGUAAAAAGGCUCAGAUGCGACAUUGUAUCAGAGUGCUGAGAUCUGUGACGUCUUUAGGUGAAGAUUCAGUCCACCUGGACCUUUGUGAUCAAGGAACCAUCAACCAGCUCCUCGGGAUUUUGAUGCAGAUGGAAACGAGCCCUGAUGAGGAGGAUGUAGUCACCCUGGAGAUAAAGUCAGAUAUUCAACUGAUACUUUCAGCGCUGUGUGAGAGUGACAUGCAUAGAAAGGAACUGUUUGGAUCAGAGGGAGUUGAGAUGGCAGUUCACUUCCUGAAGAAAGGCUCCCACAAGUUCUACAGCGGUCUGGGACACAACAAGCUCAUCCUCUCCACAGUGGACUGCGUGUGGUCCUGCAUUGUGGGUUGCUACACCACAGAAGAUUACUUUUUGGCGAAAGAGGGUGUGUCUCUUCUGUUGGACUUACUCAGUUCAAGCCCCAGAUGCUUGCGCUGCAACGUCCUCGCCACCCUGCUGGAGUUAUGUGACAACGCCAACACUCUGUCCUACAUCCUGAGCUGGAGGGACAGCGGCGGUCAGACGGCUCCCAGUUUCCUGCUGCAGCUGUGGAGGGACGAGGAGGAAGAGCUCAGAGUCAGCCGAAACCAACACGGAGGGAUCGCAGAUCCCCAGAGGCCCCUCCUUAGUCAUUACCAGCAGGAGAACACCCAGCGGUCAUUUCCUGCUAACGUACAGAGUGCAGCAGUGCUGGAGCUAUCAGAGAACCUGCGAUCAAAGAUUUACUCCAUCUUCUGCAAACUUGGUUUUCAAGACCUUCCUGGACUGUCAAGAAAACAUCAUGUGACUUUGAGCAUCGUCAGGAGAUAUCUGGACUUCAAGGUCGGAGAGGUGUGGGAAGAGAUCAGCAGGGAGCUGAGUUUGGACGGUGUGACACCGAUCACCCCCGAUAAGGAGGCUCUGAGUACAAUCUGUAAGAUUGCUGAGGACACGGCGAGGAGGGUCGCAGCAGAACAAAACAGAAUCCUGGAGCUACAGGAGAAGGAGGACAUCGGCGAGGAGGAGCUCAUGUACACAGAGAUUAAGUCUCAUUGGAAGCAACGGGAUCUUACAGCCAAGUCAUGGGACAGUUACGUUUCCAAGACUUCAAACUAUGAGAUCCUAAAGGAAGUAAAAGCACAGAGGGAGAAAUAUCUUGAAUCAUCUAGACCAGACCCAAAGCACGAGGAUGCUGCAGUUCAUCUCACAGAGCAUUUCAUUGGAAAGGUGAUGUCUGUAGAGAGGACAGAUGCUCAGGGGCCCGCGGGAGUGAAAUUGACGCUGGCCAGAGCUCCCAUCAAGGCUGCAGGUCAGGAUGAAGUGGGACCCACAACACAGGACCCAGAAUACUUCAGCACUGUAUCUGUAAAAGAGUGAUGUUUAAUACAAGCCCUUUACAUUAUUAUUGCACCUUUAUUUUAUCUUAUAGAGUUUAAUCUACACCCAACACAAAACAAACCAAACUUUGCAGCACAUUACGAACAUGUUAGCAUGAAUUGUUGUUUAUUUCUCGUAGCUUCUAAUUCCUUUCCCAGCGUCUGUAGAUACUGAAGUGUUUUUAUCGGACAUGAGACUUGAGACAUGAGGUCACUCGAUGUGCACAAUCAGAACCUUGUAGUCUAGUCCACCUCCAGUCCUCUUAAACAGACACACACACAGUGCAUCAAACUGACUGGCCUUUGUGGCCUAACAUAACAUAUGGUCUUAUGUCAGCUUGUCUGAUGCAAAGUACAACUGUUCAUGUAUAUUAAAUAAAUAAAACAGCAUAAGUGUUUUUUCAGAUAAUGUGAUAGGUAAUUUAAGAAUUUGAUUUGAUUUGUUUUUUUCCCCACAACAUUCAGAUCAUUAAACAACAUAUAAUUAAAAUGUU